AUGUCUCUCACCACUUGCUUGCUUCCGUUCUCUCAAUCAUCAACGGCUCCUUUCGCCUCCACCUGUUGUUGCCAUCUCGCCGCCUCUUCUUCUAACUUUCCGGUUUCGUCAAGAGACUACCAUAGUUCUUUCAGAAGUGAAAGCCUUGUGCUCAAGGGAAGAGGCUCGAAUCUUUGCAGGAGAUUCUGUGGGUUGAAGUUUUGGAUACUAAAGAGCUUGAAUCUUAGACAAGGCAGCCACAGAAAGCAUCAGACUGUUAAGGAGCUUAAAACACGCUCAGAGCACACUUUACUCAGCGAUGAACGAGUAGGUUUUGCUGAAGAAACUGGAGCUGCAGAUUUACGACCAGAAGAGACUAUUUUAGGAACCCAUUUGGUUGCUGGUUCUCACAAAGCUGGAGAUACACCAUCUGUGACAGAACAGUUCGUGGACGGUCUUUCAGAUGUUCCAAGAGGAGUCUCACUUUGCAUUGCUGUUGUUGGAGCUACCGGUGAGCUAGCAAGAGGGAAGAUUUUUCCUGCUUUGUUUGCCUUGUACUAUAGUGGCUACCUUCCUGAGGAUGUUGGUAUAUUUGGGUAUUCAAGAAAGAAUCUUACAGAUGAAGACCUCAGAUCCAUCAUUGCAUCAACUCUCACAUGCCGUGUUGAUCAUCAGGAAAACUGUGGGGACAAGAUAGAUGCAUUUCUUAGUAAAACAUACUAUAUCAACGGAGGUUAUGAUAAUAGGGAAGGCAUGUCUCGACUUGACGAGAGAAUGAAACAGAUUGAGGGAGUAUCAAAAGCGAAUCGGAUAUUUUACCUCUCAGUGCCUCAAGAAGCUCUUGUGGAUGUGGCGUGCAACAUUGGAGAUAAAGCUCAGGCACCACAAGGCUGGACUCGUAUAAUAGUUGAGAAACCUUUUGGUUUUAACUCACAUUCUUCUCAUCAGUUGACACAGUCACUUCUCUCUAAGUUUGAAGAGAAGCAGAUUUACAGGAUAGAUCAUAUGUUAGGAAGAAAUCUCAUUGAAAAUCUGACUGUGUUAAGGUUUUCAAAUCUGGUUUUUGAACCAUUAUGGAACAGAACAUAUAUACGCAAUGUACAGGUAGUGCUUUUUUCCUUGUAUUCUGAUGGAUAUGGCAUAAUACGGGACAUAUUUCAUAGCCACAUACUUCAGACAAUUGCAUUACUCACCAUGGAACCUCCAGUAAGUCUUGAUGGUGAAGAUAUCCGCAAUGAAAAGCCUUAUAUAGAUAAUGCUCGUUGGGAUGGUGUACCAUUCCUAGUAAGAGUUGGCACUGGCCUCAUUAAACACAGAGUGGAGAUCCGUGUGCAAUUCCGGCAUGUUCCUGGAAACAUAUACCGAGACAACAUUGGAAUCAACAUAGAUUUGGGGACUAAUGAGCUUAUCCUACGUGACGAGCCUGAUGAAGCCAUCCUGGUGAAAAUAAACAAUAAGGUUCCUGGUUUAGGUCUUCAGCUAGACGCUUCUGAGCUUAACCUGCUCUAUAAAGACAGGCGAUGUAGGUAUAGCACGGAAGUACCAGAUUCAUAUGAGCAUUUAAUUCAUGAUGUAAUAGAUGGAGACAACCAUCUGUUCAUGAGAAGCGAUGAGGUUGAAGCAGCAUGGAAGAUUCUGAGUCCGGUUCUGGAAGAGAUAGACAAGCACCACACAGCACCAGAGCUGUAUGAAUUUGGUGGACGUGGACCUGUUGGAGCAUACUAUCUUUGGGCCAAACAUGGCGUCCCAUGGGCAGAUGACUGA